AAAAUUUCUCUCACACGCCACAACAUAACACACACUGAAACCGAUAAAUUUUUGUCAAAUUUUUCGAAAUUUUCAAUUAUUUUUCACAUAAAUCGUUGUAUUUUUUACUUUUGAAAUAUAUUUUUCCAAUUCUCCAUCAUAUUCUUACACAUCUGUAUCCAGCCAUCUUGAAUCCCAAACCGUAAUAAUGAUUUUUAUAGACUUAACGUUAGAAGAUCAAGCUGGCGAAUUGAAGUCGUAUUUUAAAAAGCUAGGAGCUGACAUCACAGAAGAAAGAUCCAACAAAGGAUUGGAAGAUGAUCUCCGUAAAAUUAUCAACGUUUGCGAUGUAUGUUUCAAGGAGGCAAAUGAGAAUGAAAUCGAAACUGUUCUCAACGAUAUUGUCUCCAUUUUAGUUGUAAUGCCACCUUCCGAUAACACCAACAGGUUGAUCGCUAGUUUCGUUGAUAAACUUUACAAAACGGCUCUUCCCAAGCUAGGUCCUGUUUGUUUGCGAGUGCUUUGGGUACUGUUCCAGUCGUUGGAUAAAAGUAAUCCUAUUCGCUACGAUAUUUAUUAUCAUUUAAUCUUGAUUGCCAAGAGAAUAGAUAUGGUGAAAUCUAUAUUCAGGGAUGUUAAACAACUAAAAGAGCAGUUUGCUAAGGCUCCGUUAUCAAAUGAGCAAAUGCAAAGACUCCUUCGUUCUUUACACGAGGGAUUGGUCGCCGGUAGACACAGUGACGUUGCAGCGAAAGUAAUGAUUGAAUUAUUGAGCACGUACACCGAAGAAAAUGCCAGUCAAGCGAAAGAAGAUGCUCAACGUUGCAUCGUUACUGCUCUUGCUGACCCAAACACAUUCUUAUUAGAUCCUCUAUUAUCGUUGAAACCCAUCAAAGCUCUGAAAGGCGAACUUAUUCACGAUCUUUUGACUAUAUUCGUAUCGAAUAAACUCAGCGUUUACACAAAGUUCUACAAAGGACACAAAGAAUUCGUGAAUAAUUUAGGUUUGGAUCAUGAUCAAAAUACUAAGAAAAUGAGGCUCUUAACUUUCAUGCAGUUAGCCGAAAAUUCUAAUGAACUUAGUUUUGAAACUAUCCAGAAAGAACUGAGUAUAAACGAAAACGAUGUCGAAGCUUUCAUUAUAGAAGCCCUGAAAACGAAAUUAGUUCGAGCACGUAUGGAUCAAACGGCGAAAAAAGUUCAUAUAUCGAGUACUAUGCACAGAACAUUCGGCAUGCCUCAAUGGCAACAAUUACGAGACGUCCUGCAAGCUUGGAAAUUGAACCUUAACUCGAUAGAUGAAUCGAUGAAAAUGUUGGUUAGCCCUCAAAAGUAAACACCCGGAUUUCAUUCAGCGGUACCUAUUUAAGAAGUUUUCUAUUGAAUUUAUUUAUCUGAAUAAAUAUUAUUUAUCUUCGGUUA